ACUCGAAUAUCGCUAACAUGAAUUAUUUUCUUUAUAAGCAAGAUAUCGCGCGUCUUGCCGCACUUGGAGUGCCUCACUAUUCAUUCACAAUUUCAUGGACUCGUGUCAUACCUUUCGGUAUUGCCGGCUCUCCAGUUAAUAUCCAGGCUUUGGAUCAUUAUGAAGAUGUCAUCAAAACAUGUUACGAGUAUGGAGUCACGCCGAUCAUUACCCUAAUGCACGCGGAUAGUCCAGUCGGGAUAUUCGACGACCUUGAGGCAUUCCCGGAACACUUUCUUUACUAUGCCAAGCAAGUUAUGACCCGGUUCGCCGACCGAAUUCCAAUUUGGUUCACUAUUUGUGAACCGAAUCAAGCGCCACUGUUUCUUUCAUCGGAUUACAACGUUCUCACAGCUGAAGCGAAAGCGCACGCCGGUGUUUAUAAUUGGUACAAAAAGGAGCUCAAAGGAACAGGUCGAAUUAGUACCAAAUUCGCAAACAAUCUUGCCGUCCCACUCGAUCCUGAUAACUCUUCUCAUGUAGAAGCGGCUAUAAGAUAUCAAGAGUUUAGUUUAGGAGUCAUGGCGAACCCACUUUUUCUUGGGCACCAAAUCCCCCAGGUCGUUCUUGAUACCCCAAGCAUUAAUAUAACUACACUUACACAGAAAGAACUCGAAUACCUCAAUGGAACAGUUGACUUCUUAGCGCUCGACCCAUACAUCGCUCAGUUUGCAUACCCACCAGAUGAGGGUUACGAGGCUUGCGCAUCGGACCCUUCCAAUCCUCUUUGGCCCUCUUGUGUUGCGACAGGCGCUACACAAGUCAACGGGUGGCUUGAAGGAGUUCCGUCCAAUUCUUAUUCCCUGAUAGCGCCGCAAUAUGUACGAGAACAGUUCAGCUAUGUGUGGAACACGUACAAGCCGUCCGAAAUAAUGCUGACAGAAUUCGGCUUCCCUCAAAUCGACGACUCACACCAUGAGUUAUCGGUACAACAAUUCGACUUUGAUCGAUCUAUGUAUUACCAUAAUUUCCUUACAGAAGUUCUACACACAAUCCACACGGAUAAUGUGAACGUUAUUGGUGCACUUGCUUGGAGUUGGAUCGAUAAUAACGAAUUCGGGGAUUAUGGAAACCAGUAUGGUAUGCAGACUGUCAAUCGUACAGAUGGGCUGUUCACCCGACGCUACAAGAGGAGUUUCUUUGACUAUGUAGAUUUCUUUCACACCUAUAUUGCUGCGCGACAAAACGAUGCGAUCUCAUAAGACCCGGAAAACAUCAACGGAGGAUCCGCGAUAUACAAGAUUCAACGACCUGAUGUUGGCCCAACGCUUUGAUUGGUAUUAUUAGUAAUUGUGGCAACGAAUAUAUACCCUGAGAUUACCAUCGUUC